CUCACAGAAAUGCACUGCGAAGUCGGGUGAUGGAAUCGAUGACUCGCAAUUGACUCUUUUUUUUUUUUUCAAAUUAUAAUUUAAAUUAUAAUUUAUCACUUCGAUCAAUGGAAUUGCUUGCUAGUCCGAUAGCGCGCGUAGGUAAGUAAUGGCAAAGACAGUCACAAGGGUUGUUAUUAUAUUGGAGUCGAGUUUGAAUUGACUUGAGUCUAAAAUAAAAAAAAAGAAUACUAAAAAAGAAUCGCGUAUGAGAUUCCAAUGUGGUCGGCCGUGGCCGUUUAUAGGCAGCGCAUCAUUCAGUCAAUCUUGUAGAAGUUUCUAUUCUUUCUCUAACUUUCCAACAAGAGCCACUCCUACAACCACCACUACCAAAACAACUGCAAACAAUUUACUUUACCCGCCUUGUUACUCCACAUCCACUCAACGAUCGUCAUCCUUUUUCGUUUGUUCUUCUUUUCCUUCUUUUUCUUCUUAUCAUUGUUCUUCUUUAAACCCCUACCGAUUCUCGACCCUUAGUACUAGAUCUUACAUCACCCCCGCCAUCAUGGGUGACCCCAAGUGGACCGGCGUAGGGGUUCGUAAGACUUUCCUCGAGUAUUUUGAGCAAAAAGGACACACGAUAGUGCCCUCAUCGUCGGUUGUCCCUCACAAUGACCCCACCUUACUCUUCACCAAUGCGGGCAUGAACCAGUUCAAGCCCAUAUUCCUCGGAACUGUUUCUAGUACAGAUGAUAUGUCCAAGCUGAAGCGUGCCGUCGACACUCAAAAGUGUAUUCGCGCUGGUGGCAAGCAUAAUGACCUCGACGAUGUCGGCAAAGACAGCUAUCACCAUACCUUCUUCGAGAUGCUGGGUAACUGGUCCUUUGGUGAUUACUUCAAGAAAGAGGCGAUAGAGUGGUCCUGGGAGCUUCUUACCCAGGUCUAUGGCUUAGAUCCCGAGAGACUAUACGUCACUUACUUCGAAGGAAAUCCCGCCAUGAACCUCGAGCCCGAUUUGGAGGCCAAGGACUUGUGGAAGUCUGUUGGUGUGCCCGAGGAUCACAUUUUGCCUGGCAACAUGAAGGACAACUUUUGGGAGAUGGGUGAUCAGGGCCCAUGUGGUCCUUGCAGCGAAGUCCACUACGACAAGGUCGGCGGCCGAAAUGCUGCGCACUUGGUCAACCAAGACGACCCCUUAGUGGUAGAGAUAUGGAAUAACGUGUUUAUUCAAUUCGAUCGCCAAAAGGACGGGUCGCUCAAGUCAUUGCCGGCGAAGCACGUCGAUACUGGUAUGGGUUUCGAGCGAUUAGUGUCUGCCCUCCAAAACAAGGAUUCCAACUACGCAACCGACAUUUUCGCCCCUCUGUUCGACAAGAUCCAGGAAGUCACAGGAGCUCGCCAGUAUACUGACAAGUAUGGUAAAGACGACGAGGAUGGUAUUGACACUGCCUACCGUGUAGUUGCGGACCAUAUACGAUUACUCGCCUUCGCCAUCUCUGAUGGAGCCUCACCAAACAAUGAAGGUAGAGGUUAUGUCGUUCGCCGUGUGCUUCGAAGAGGCUCACGAUACGCAAGAAAAUACUUCAACGCCGAGAUAGGCUCUUUCUUCUCCAAGAUCCUCCCAGCGCUGGUUGAUCAGAUGGGCGAGCAGUUCCCAGAGAUCGUUAAAAAGCAACAGGAUAUCAAGGAGAUACUAGAUGAGGAAGAGGAGGCGUUUGCCCGUACAUUGGACCGUGGAGAGAAGCAAUUUGAGAAGUACGCAGCUCUGGCAGUCAAAAACGGAUUGAAGAAGCUCUCUGGGGCAGAUGUCUGGAGACUUUACGAUACCUUUGGUUUCCCAGAAGAUUUAACCAAACUCAUGGCCGAAGAGCGGGGCCUGGAGACGGACGAGGAAGAGAUUUCUGUUGCCAGAGAAAAGGCCCGAGAGGCCAGCAAGGCUAUUAAGGAGUCCGUUCAGACCUUUGCGAAGCUGAACGUUCACCAGAUUGCCGAAUUAAAAGACAAGUUGCAGGUACCCGUUCCUAAUGAUGAACCCAAGUUUGUUAAGGGCGACACAACCGGUCAUAUCCAACUCAUUUACACUGGCACCGACUUUAUCAAAUCAACCAAGGAUCUUCCACCGAACACACCCUUCGGUCUCUUACUCGAUCGAACUAACUUCUACGCCGAACAAGGUGGUCAGGUCUUCGACACUGGAAGAAUUGUCAUUGACGAUGUUGCCGAGUUUGAAGUGCACGAUGUCCAGCAAUUCGGAGGAUAUAUAGUCCACAAUGGAGUUUUGAAGUACGGAGAACUCAAUGCUGGUGACGAGGUUAUUUGCGAAUACGACGAACUGAGGAGACAGCCUAUUCGUAACAACCACACGGGAACACAUAUCCUCAAUCACUCUCUCCGAGAAGUGUUAGGUGAUGAAGUGAACCAAAAGGGUUCACUGGUCGACCAAGACAAGCUCCGUUUCGACUUCUCUCACAAGACGGCAGUCACGCUUCAAGAACUUGAAAAGAUCGAGCACAUGUCGAACGAAUACAUCCGACAGAACUGUAAGGUAUUCUCGAAGGAUGUGGAGCUCGAUGUGGCAAAGAAGAUUAAUGGCGUUCGCGCCGUCUUUGGCGAAACGUAUCCCAACCCGGUCCGAGUGGUGUCCGUUGGUAUCGACGUUGACAUGUUGCUCGAGGCCCCCGAGAACAUUGAAUGGCGAAAGGUCAGUGUGGAGUUUUGUGGUGGCACUCAUGUCGACCAAACCGGCAUCAUCAAGGAUUUAGUAAUCGUCGAGGAGAGCGGUAUUGCCAAAGGUAUUCGCCGUAUUGUCGCCUACACUGGAGAGGCUGCGCAUGCCGUGCAGCGUGAGGCCAAAGAGUUCGCUAAGCGCAUCUCGGACAUCGAGGCCCUUCCAUUCGGCCCCGAAAAGGAGUCUGAGGUUAAGCAGGCGACAGUCGAUCUCAGCAACCUCGUCGUAUCCGCCCUCACUAAGGAGGAACUAAAGACGCGAUUUACAAAGGUGGUUAAGUCCGUCGUAGAUGAGCAGAAGAAGCGACAGAAAGCGGAGAGCAAGACCGCGCUCGACGCCGUCACUGGCCACUUUAGCAAGGAUGAGAACAAGGAGGCUAAGUACUUCGUUGGGCAUCUACCCAUCUCUGCUAACACAAAGGCGGUUGCCGAUGUCAUGAACCACUUUAAGAGCAAGGAUAAGGAGAGAACGGUGUACAUCUUCGGUGGUAGCAAGGAUGAAGGCACCGUCGUUCACGGUGUUUAUGUUGGCACACAUCUUGCAUCGCAAGGCGUCACUGCUGAGAAGUGGGCCGCAGCAGUCACAGAAGUGGUCGGCGGCCGGUCUGGUGGCAAGGAGCCUACACGCCAGGGCCAGGGAACAAACGCAGAUAAGAUCGAGGAGGCGGUCGCGGUGGCGGAGAAGUGGCUCGCAGAGAAGCUCAAGAUCUAGAUUGUGAAACCUCCCACUGAGGAUCUCAGACCUUUACAAUUAGGUACCUACCUUACCUAGUCCACCUACAUAUAUCCCGGCUCAGCUUCUCUCCACUUUGCUUGGUUCUCGCACACGCUUCCCCUCUCCCUGUACAGUGAUUUAUACCCGCGUAGGUUAGUGCAGAUAGGAUAAGGCAACAGGUUGGUCUAGUCCAAGGAUGAGAGAUAGGGGCUAUUAGGUGAGAAUUUCGGACAGUACCUACAUAAAACGGGAAUGCUGUCACAGGGCCGGCCUACCAACCAACCGCAAUGCGGUUCUUGUUAAGUACCUGCUUAAGUUAGGUUAGGCGAGGUGAGAUGCACACUGUAUAUGAUAAAGACCUCCCACCAUAACAAAAACGUGCCGUCAAAGUCUUAGACUAUAUCAUGCUUGCCAAUCAUGAGAUUUCUACGCUACGUCGUGUGGGUAAAAUCGGACUAGGUUAGGUAGAUAUAUAGAUAGAUAGAUAACAAACAAGUAAAAUAUCUUACCCC